AGUCUAACCAGACCAAGACCAUCAUCCUUCCGUUGAUUCCUUCCCCCUCCUCCCCUGCGCCUGAGAGCCCCCGAUCUCGAUCCCAUGGCGGCGGCCGCGCUCUCCUCGUCGCGGCGAUCCCUCCACACCCUCCAUCGCCACCUCCUCCUCCGCCCAUGCCCCGCCCCCGCCGCCGCCCUCCGCGCUCCUUCCGCUCCCGCCCCCCGCCACUUCCCCUCCCCUUCCGCGGCCUCCCGCUUCUUCACCACCGCGCACCCCGAGGCCAGGCUACCGCGGCACAACCUCCUGGCACCGCAGCAGCAGAGUACGGCCCUGCGGCGGCUCGUGGGCGGGUUCAGGUCGUUCUCGAGCGGCCGCUCGAAGCAGGCGCCGCUGGGGCAGGGGGUGAAGGGGCUCGGCCGGCCGGUGGAGGCGGCCAAGAGCGCCGCGUCGCGGUACCGGGAGGCCGUGGGCCUGCAGGUAGAGGCCUUCUGGCGCCGCAACUACAUGCUGCUCGUCGGCGCCGGCGGCGUCGUCGUCUGCAUCGCGCUGUGGCGGGUCAUGUUCGGCAUCGCCAGCACCUUCGUCGGGCUCUCCGAGGGCAUGGCCAAGUACGGCUUCCUCGCGCUUGCAACCGCCAUGGUCGCGUUCGCUGGUAUGUACGCACGUGCAAGGUUCUCCAUAAAUCCUGACAAGGUUUACAGGAUUGCGAUGACAAAGCUCAAUACAUCUGCUGCAAUCCUUGAAGUCAUGGGUGCGCCCUUAACUGGUACUGACGUCAGAGCAUAUGUUAUGUCUGGUGGGGGUCCUAAACUAAAGGACUUCAAAUUUAAAGUUGGUGGCAAACGGUGCUUUCUUAUUUUCCCCAUCAAAGGAUCAGAACGAAAGGGUCUUGUAAGUGUUGAAGUCAAGAAGAAAAAGGGAGAGUAUGACAUGAAGCUGCUUGCUGUUGACAUACCGAUGGCGACAGGGCCUGAUCAGCGGUUAUUCCUGGUCGGUGACGAGCAGGAGUACAAGGUGGGUGGGGGCUUGAUAUCUGAGCUGCGAGAUCCCAUAGUAAAGGCUAUGGCUGCAGAAAAGGAGUUUGAUUACCUAGAUGAAAGAGAGGACGAAGAGGAUGAGCGCAGGGAGCGAGAGGAGGCUGAGGAAGAGGCGGCCGAAGCUUUGAGGCGAGAGGAGGACAGACUACGUGAGGAGGCCAAAGAGAGGCACCGGCGAGAAGCCGAGCUGGAGAAAGCCAGUUGACACAACAAUUAACUACACACCUUUGUUCUUGUUGUGCGUUUUUCUCGCUCUCUCUGCCCCCCUUUCACUUUACAAUGUAGCAAUCAGCGUUUUUCACGGCGACAAAGAUUGCAACUGAGUUUCGGAGAGGCGAUUUCGCCUUCACCCCGUUCACAGCGUGUCGAUAGAGUAAUAAUUUCGGCUGCUCCUCAACGGAUUACUUGGGAGUGCAUUGUAAUUUAGCGGCUGUUUGAUGGAAUGAUGGCCAGCCUUCUUUCUGCUGACGACCACUGUUGUGCUUUCAGAUGCCUUGAGCCAAUGUGUUACGCAACUAUGCUCCUCGCCACAUUUUGUAUUCUUGGUUAGUUUGGUCU